AUGGCAGAUGCCGUUAGAGCGGCAAGAUCCAGCUCAGCUCCAGGUCCCAGCGGGGUCCCUUACAAGGUCUACAAGCAGUGCCCGCAGCUCCUCAGACGUUUAUGGAAGAUCCUGAAGGUGAUCUGGCGGAGAGGGAAAGUCGCUGCGCAAUGGAGACACGCUGAGGGAAUCUGGAUCCCGAAGGAGGAGGGCUCUUGCAACAUUGAUCAGUUUCGCACCAUCUCGCUGCUCAGUGUUGAAAGCAAGGUCUUUUUCAAAAUCGUGUCCCAACGUCUGACGGACUUCCUCCACUACAUUGACACCUCAGUCCAGAAGGGAGGAGUCCCAGGAGUACCUGGAUGUCUGGAGCACACAGGGGUGGUGACACAGCUGAUCUAGGAGGCUAGGGAGAGCAAAGGAGAUCUGGCAACUCUCUGGCUUGUCCUGGCCAAUGCCUAUGGGUCUAUGCCACAUAACCUUGUGGAAACCGCACUGGUAAGACACCAUGUUCCUGUCAAGAUCCGUAACCUCAUCAUGGACUAUUAUAACAACUUCAGCGCACGAGUCUCUUCAGGCCAAGUAACAUCCUCCUGGCAUCAACUUGAAAAAGGGAUAAUCACCGGCUGUACAAUCUCUGUAACUCUUUUCUCACUAGCCAUUAAUAUGAUUGUCAAGUCGGCCGAAGUGGAAUGUAGAGGGCCCAAGUCAAGAUCUGGGACCCAUCAGCCCCCCAUAAGAGCUUUUAUGGACGACUUAACAGUGAUGACAACAUCAGUUCCAGGGUGCAGGUGGCUCCUCCAGGGGCUUGAAAGUCUCAUCUCCUGGGCAAGGAUGAGUUUCAAGCCCGCUAAGUCCAGGUCUCUGGUCCUAAAGAAGGGUAAAGUGUCCGACCGUUUCCGCUUUGCCCUGGGAAAGACCAUGAUUCCAUCGGUGUCUGAAAAACUGGUCAAGAGCCUGGGGAAGAUCUUUGAUAGCUCCCUGAAGGACUCAGCUGCCAUAAAACAAGCCAAGUGCGACCUGACUUCCUGGCUCACAGCGAUUGAUAGAUCUGGCCUCCCCGGAAAAGUCAAAGCCUGGAUCUACCAACACGGAGUCUUGCCAAGAAUACUCUGGCCCCUGUUAGUCUACGAGGUACCAUCAUCAACAGUCGAGGUUCUAGAGAAGUCUAUCAGCCAGUUCCUCAGAAAAUGGCUGGGGCUCCCUCUGUCUUUGAGUAGCAUUGCCCUGUACGGCCAUUCCACCAUGCUGCAUCUUCCUUUGAGUGGACUAACAGAGGAGUUCAAAGUCACCCGCUCCAGAGAGGUAUUGAUGUACAGGGACUCCAGGGACACAAAAGUCGCAGCAUAAGGAAUCCUCGUGAAGACUGGGAGGAAGUGGCAGGCGCAAGAAGCUGUCAAUAGAGCUGAGGCGCGACUAAGGCACAAAACGCUUGUGGGCUCCGUGGCAACGGGACGAGCAGGUCUUGGUUGUUUUCCCAAGCCACGUUACGAUCUGGCUCAGGGAAAACAGAGGCGCAGACUAAUUCAGGACGAGAUACGAGCAGAGGUGGAGGAAGAACGCUGCACCAAAAUGGCCGGCAUGUCCAAACAAGGAGCGUGGACCAGGUGGGAACAUGCAGAUCCACGCAGAAUAACCUGGGCAGAGCUCUGGAAAGCAGAGCCUUUUCGGAUUAAGUUUCUUGUCUAAUCGGUCUACAACGUCCUCCCAAGCCCAGCUAACCUGCAUACCUGGGGCCUGGCAAACACUCCUGAGUGCAAGCUGUGUCAGAAGAGGGGCACACUGGAGCACAUUUUGAGCAGCUGCUCAAAAGCGCUAGGGGAGGGGCGGUACCGCUGGCGCCAUGACCAGGUGUUAAAGGCUUUGGCUGACUCUAUCCGCACAGCGAUCCAGCUCAGCAAGACCCAGGCAGCCCCCAAACAAAUAACCACCUUCAUCAGAGCUGGGCAGAAGGAACAACACCACCGGCCUAGCUCUACGGGGGGGCUCCUCUCCACUGCUCGUGAUUGGCAGCUUCAAGUCGACCUUGGAAAACAGCUUAAGUUUCCAGGCAACAUCACAGCCACUUCUCUCCGCCCGGACAUGGUGCUAACAUCUGAGUCUACUAAGUAAGUGGUCAUCCUGGAACUAACUGUCGCCUGGGAAGACCGUAUUGAAGAGGCCCACGAGCGCAAGAGGGCUAAGUAUGCAGAGCUCAGCUCGGAGUGCCGUAACAACGGCUGGAAAGCUCGCUGCGAGCCAGUCGAGGUCGGGUGCCGAGGUUUCGCUGGCCGCUCACUGCUGCGAACCCUCAAACUCCUUGGAGUGAAAGGACUACAGUUGAAGAAAGCCACCACAAACAUUUUAGAGGCUGCAGAGAGGGCUUCUCGGUGGCUGUGGAUCCGUAGGGGGGAAACGUGGAGCAACGCCACUUGGACACAAGCCCGGGACUGAUCACCCCCGGUUGGGUCGCCCGGGUGAGUGUGUGAAGAUUAAAGACCCGAAACACCCUAUGACCCCGGGUUCUUCACUGAUGAC